AUGCAUACAUUUCGCACUUUAUAUUUUUCUUAGCUAGCAGAAUAACAUUUUGGAAAAGCCAUGGGAAAAGUGAUACAUGUACUUGAUUAAUAUGGACCCCUUUAAUAUACAGAUAUUUUAAAAUAUACAUAAUUUGAUGAUUUAAAAUUCUUAGAGAUUGUUAUUACUCUUGGAAUAAAACAUUAAAUCAUAGGUUAUAAAAUCAAAAAGCAAUAGGAUAAUGCCUCUGAAAUAAAAUAAUUAUUUUAAAGUGAUAAAGAAAAAAAGUAAUCAGAUGAUUAGAAAUAAACUAAAAACAAAUAAAAACAAAAAGGAUUAAUAUUUGUUAAUCAUAAUGCAAUAUUAGGGAGAGAAUAUGUAUCAGAAUUGUUGAAUAUAGAAAAAAAUUAUAAUAUUAUUAUUGAUUAUGCACUCAAAAAUGGAGUAUUUGGAAUAAAAAAUCUGAUUUCAGAAAAUAUAAAGGAAAGUGCUUUAGAAGUUUUGGUUAAUGAAUUAUUUGACAAAAGUUUAUUAUAAAUUGUAUAAGUUGAUUAAUAAGAGGAAAUCUAAGAAGCUACAUAUAAUGAUACAAAAAAUAAAUCUGAUAAGAAAACUUAAAAAGCAAAAAAAAAAAUAGAAGUUUCAACUUAAAAGUAACAAUCUCUUACAUAGAAUUCCCUUUUAUAAAUAAAUUGGACAGGAUUAAUGGAUAUUGUAAAAUAUAAUGUAUUUUUUUUAUAUAAAAUAUAGACUAUUAUGUAAUAGCUAAAAUAAAUCUAUGGGAUUUCCAGUUUUUAAGAUUAAAAUUUAUAUAAAUAAAAAUAGAAAGAAUUAAAGGAAAAUCUAGAAUUCAAAUGGAUUGAAGACAAAUAUUCUCAAAAACACUCUAGAGUAUUCAAUUUAUUAAAAUUGAAAAAUUGCCCAUUAGAUGAUAAAUAAGUAUUAUAAAUCUUUAGAUCUUAGGUUUGUGACUUGGCUCUAUUAAAUUAUUAAGAUUCCAAUACUAUACUUUUUGAAUUAUUAACAGAUUAAUUAAUUAAAACUCAAAUAAUUAAAGUGAAUGAUAAAGAUAAAUAAUUCUUUCAAUUUGAUUAGAAAUUAGUUGAUGAAAAAUUAAAACUUCAUUUCUAUAAAGGUUUAAUAAGUUGUAAAGAUAAAAAACUUUAUUUUGGGAUUUUGAAUUAGAUGAAUCUAAUGUAAUUUGAUGUUAGAAAUUGA